CCCAAAAAAAAACCUAAUAAGACUUCCACGUUGCCUUCCACCACGGCCUCAUAAUAAAAACGAGAAGAAGAAGAAGAAGAAGAAGAAGAAAAAAGGGGAGAGAGAUUGGCAGGAGAAGAGGAAAAAAGGAAUAGAGCACCAUGAACGGCUUCACAGAUCACGGGCUGGACGAGGAUGCCUUUGGAGAGAAAGGCAACCUCGUUUCUGCUUUUGAUGCUUUUCGUAAGUCUGUCGGAUGUUGAUUCUGCGCCCUAUCCUUACAUAUAAACAUACCUUACCUUUCAAUUGCACCAUACCUACACCCACGAACAAGAAGAGAAAGCUAAUUAGAAAAACGCAGCAAAAUCCAAACCCCAAUACAUAACACGCACCUCCGGCGGCGGAAAAUGGACCGUUGCAAUGCUCAUCGUCAGCACCUUCCUGUCCUUCAACGAGAUCUCGCAUUGGUGGCGGGGCCACGAGAACCACACCGUGUCGGUGGAGAAAGCCAUCGGCCACGACUUGCAGAUCAACUUCGACAUGGUCGUCGCGAUGAAAUGCGAUAACAUCCACAUCAACGUGCAAGACGCGGCCGGAGAUCGCAUUCUCGCCGGCGACAUGCUAAAGCGGGAUGCGACGAUCUGGAAUCAUUGGGUGGAUGCGAAGGGCGUGCAUGCCCUCGGAAAGGACGAGAACGGGAAGGUGGAUACGGGCGAGGGUUAUCAUGAUCAUGAGGAGGGGUUUGGGGAGGAGCAUGUGCAUGAUAUUAUUUCGUCGGCUGGGAAUAGUCGGCGGGCGAAGUUCGCAAAGACACCACGUUUAUGGGGGGGUGUUGAUGAUAGUUGUCGUGUUUACGGGAAACUGGAGGUCAACAAAGUGCAAGGGGAUUUCCAUAUUACGGCUCGUGGACACGGGUACCAGGAAUGGGGGGCUGCGCACUUGGAUCAUGAUGGUAUGAAACUUCUCUCUAUUUUUGGCGUAAUAUUAAAAGAGAAUUUUACUAACCUACGAGAAAACAGCUUUCAACUUCUCCCACAUAGUCUCCGAACUCUCAUUCGGACAAUUCUACCCCUCGCUCCAAAACCCCCUCGACCGCACCAUCGCCACCACCCCAAACCACUUCCACAAAUUCCAAUACUUCCUCUCCAUCGUCCCAACAAUCUACACAGCCGAGGCCACUUCCUUCGGAUUCCGAUCCCUCUUCACCAACCAAUACGCCGUCACGGAGCAAUCCCAUGAGGUCAACGACCACAACGUUCCCGGAAUCUUCUUCAAGUAUGACAUUGAGCCCAUGCUCAUCACGGUGGAUGAAUACCGAGACGGAUUCCUGAGACUCGCCGUGAAACUUGUGAAUGUGUGCAGUGGUGUGAUGGUUGCUUUUCACUGGGGCUUCACUUUGAGUGAGUGGUUGAUGGAGGUCAUUGGCAAGCGAAGGAAGAGAAUGGGCGAGGGUGUAUUGACGGGUAAAGUCCACGAGCGUUACGAUUAGUGUGUACGAUUGGUCUCAUUUUAUAUAUCAUCUAGGCACGGCGUUUUAUGUUCAUUUUCCAAAUACCAAAAAACAUUGAAAAUUCAUAGAUUGUUAGAUCGCCUGUGCAUUGUAUUGAAAUCUCAGGAUUGCAAUAUCUAAAAG